ACCAUUUGACCAGUCCACGUGUCAUGCCACGUCACCUUCAAUAUAAAUUCAGUUUUUUCCCUAUACACAUACAGCUUUCAGUUUUAGUACUCAGCUCAUUCUCUAGCUUUGGUGAAGGAAUUGAAAGCUCGUCAUUAGACAAAGCUCAACACCAUCCAAUCUUCUCAACACUCUACUUAUUCUUUGGAAAAUCUCCCAAGAAAAGCCCCUCUAGCCCUACACCGGUAAACAAGCCAUCACCAUCAUCACCAGCAGCCAAGUCACCACCACCACAGGUUAAGUCAUCCCCUCCGCAGCCGCCUGCUAAGUCACCACCGCCACCACCAGCUAAGUCACCACCUCCGCCACCAAAGCAAUCUCCUCCACCGCCGGCACCAGCAAAGCAACCACCACCUCCCCCACCAUCUGCUAAGCCACCUGUUAAACCACCAUCUCCGUCACCGGCUGCUCAGCCACCAGCAACGCAACGAGCAACACCACCUUCUCAGCCACCGCCAAUGCAACGAGCACCACCACCAAAACUACCACUACCACCACCACCAGCUCAGUUACCAAUAAGGAAACCACCACCACCAGCUACUCAGCUACCAAUAAGGAAACCACCACCACCAGCAUAUACUCAGCCACCUUUUAAAACGCCACCUCCACCACCUAUUAUAUCAUCACCUCCGCAACAAGAUGCUUAUGAUGAACCGCCAAUUGCUGAGUCACCACCUGCUCCACCCUCUGAUCAUGAGCCUCCGGUCGUAGAGCCACCACCUUCUGAUUACGAGCCACCAAUUAUUGAGCCAACACCACCAACUGAUCAGCCACCUAUUAUAAUACCCUCUCCACCAACUCUGGCUCCACCAUUUAUUCCACCAAUCACACCACCAGUUAAGCUUCCACCACCCUCAAUUCAUCCCGCUGGGAAGCCUCUAAUCAUCGUCGGCCAUGUUCAUUGCAAAUCUUGCAACAGCAGAGGGCUUCCCACUCUCUAUAAAGCUUCCCCACUCCAGGGAGCUGUAGUGAAGCUAGUUUGUCACAAUAAUGAAAGGAAGGCAAAUGUUCAAACAGCGAUGACAGACAAGAAUGGUGAAUUCGUGAUCAUGCCCAUGUCUUUAACCAGAGCAGAUGUUCACAAAUGCAAGGUAUACUUAGGGAAAUCACCCAAACCCAUUUGCAAUGUCCCAACAAACUUCAAUGGUGGAAAAUCUGGUGCUUUAUUGAAACCUAUCCUACCACCUGUUAACCCUGGACCUGGUCCUGGCCCUGUCCAGCCACCCAUGUUUGAUUAUCAUGGUGUUGGACCUUUUAUAUUUGAAGCCUCAAGCAAAUUACCAUGCAAAAAAUAAUUGAGCUCUUCAUUAUUAGAAAGACCAAGUGGUAAAGUGAAGGAAAAUAAAAGUAUGAAAGGAUUGAGUUUCUGAUGGAAAAUCUUUUUUCUUUUCCUUUCUGUAGUUUAAGAAGAAGAAAUACAUAUCCUUGUACUUACACUAGACAAAAGAUAUCAACUACAUAUGGAUUUUCAGUAGCAAAAUCCAAAAUAGAAAUCUAUAAUUAAAAUUGUAACCAUUACCUAUUGACUUUCGAAUGCAUGAAUAAGUAUAGCC